ACUAAGGGACCCCGCUGCGGAGAGAAGGGAAAAGGCCGGGAGACUGUCUUGCAACCUGACAGUCCAGAUCCUGGGGCCCCAGGCUGAGCACCCCGGGAGAUUGCUCCGUAGGGCGACCGUGGGCGCAGAGAGAGACGAGCACGGGGCUGGAAAAGGAUCACGCGGGGCGUACAGUCCCUCCUGGAAUGGCCAGAGCAGUAGUGACCGCCAUCCCCUUGCCUCCUCAGGUAUGAAAGAUGCCGCCGAGCUUCUGGGCCACCGGGAGGCGGUGAAGUGUAGGCUGGGCGUAGGGGGCUCUGACCCCGGGGGCCACCCAGGGGACCUAGCGCCCAACUCCGACCCAGUCGAGGGAGCCACUCUGCUGCCUGGGGAGGACAUCACCACAGUGGGCUCUACGCCGGCCUCGCUGGCGGUGAGCGCAAAGGACCCGGACAAGCAGCCGGGGCCCCAGGGCGGCCCGAACCCCAGCCAAGCCGGUCAGCAGCAGGGCCAACAGAAGCAAAAGCGCCAUCGAACGCGCUUCACCCCUGCUCAGCUCAACGAACUGGAGAGGAGCUUCGCCAAGACUCACUACCCCGACAUCUUCAUGCGCGAGGAGCUGGCACUUCGUAUCGGGCUGACUGAGUCCCGAGUGCAGGUCUGGUUCCAGAACCGGCGCGCUAAGUGGAAGAAGCGCAAGAAGACCACCAACGUGUUCCGCGCGCCGGGCACGCUGCUGCCCACGCCAGGCCUGCCCCAGUUCCCGUCGGCUGCCGCCGCCGCCGCCGCCGCCAUGGGCGACAGCCUGUGCUCUUUCCAUGCCAACGACACCCGCUGGGCGGCGGCCGCCAUGCCGGGCGUGUCGCAGCUGCCGCUGCCGCCGGCGCUGGGCAGGCAGCAAGCCAUGGCGCAGUCGCUGUCCCAGUGCAGCCUGGCGGCCGGGCCGCCGCCCAACUCCAUGGGCCUGUCCAACAGCUUGGCGGGCUCCAAUGGCGCGGGGCUGCAGUCGCAUCUCUACCAGCCCGCCUUCCCCGGCAUGGUGCCCGCCUCCCUCCCCGGCCCCAGCAACGUCUCCGGCUCGCCCCAGCUCUGCAGCUCCCCGGACAGCAGCGAUGUGUGGCGGGGCACGAGCAUCGCCUCCCUCCGCCGCAAGGCGCUAGAGCACACAGUCUCCAUGAGCUUCACUUAAUACCGCCGCGCCCGGCCCGCUCCGCCCCCGGCACCGCCCCCCGGUCCGCCCCGAGGCCCCGGCGGCGCGCGCCCGGGCCCCCCGCUCCCUGCCCCGGCCCUCGCCCGGGCGCCCUGCCCCGCUCUCCCGCCGCGGCCCCAGCGCCGGCGCCCUGCUCCCUCCCCGCCCGGCCUCCACCACAUCUCGUCCGGCCCUUCCUUCCCUCCGUCCUCCACUCUCCCGGGCUCACCCCGAGCCUCGGCCCGCGAGGCCUCCCUCCCGCCUGAUUCCGCUCCCCGCACCCUCCCCGCCGCGCCCCACCCGCCUCACCUGGCCCCUCCCUCCGCCCAGUCGCGAGCGCCGGGCCCCACGCCUCCCCGCCUCCCGGCCCGCAUUCGUCGUGCUCGCGCCCUCCGCCUGGCCUUCCGACGGGCGGCAUGCCCACCCACACCUUCUCCACGACGCCUGCGGCCCCCUCGCCCCGCGCCUCGCCCCCGGUCCCUUCUUGCCCCGCUCCUCACGCCCCAGCCUCCCGCGCCCUGCCGAAAGCAUCCUUCCCGCCAUUUUACUUAGCAGGGAGUAGACUCAGGAUCUGAAAUCAGACACCAGUGGACUGGUUUGUGGGCAGAAACACACACACCCGCACUCUCGCUCACUCUCAGACACUACACACGCGCGCGCACACACUCAUACACAGUGCACCUAGGUCACACACGGACGUGUUCAAGGGACAGCACAAUGUUAGGAUUUUUGUCUAAAAGGAGGGCAAGCAUCUACUACCAACCGCCUCAUCUGAGGGCCUGAUUACAAUUUGAUUUAUCCCUGUAUUCUUGCACCGAACUCCUUUCUUUCUUCUCCCACUAGCCGUUCCUUGCCUUGUCCAUCCAGUCACAUACCUGCAGCCGUGUAUUGGCUUGCAAGAGAACGUUUCUGUUUCAUCUUUUAUUUUCUUAGGUACAACUAUGUGAGGGUAUUGAGGGAAGGCUUCUCAGGAGGAACAUGUCAGUGGAUUGGGUGGCUGGAGUAGACUAAAGCAGUCAUGUGAUGAAGAGGUGAUCUUACCCAUUUUGAUAAAUGUCUUUA